UGACCUGCUUCCAAUCAAUGGAUAUUUAUUGGAAAUGCUGAAUGAAUGUUACAAGAAAGCGAGCACAGCGAAAUUUUUACGCUUGAAAUGAAGUAUACUUAAUCGCACUUCUCUCUAUUCUGCUUGAUACGAUAACACGAACUGACCUAAAAAUUAUCACUAAUUAUCAAUUAAUUUUUUCUUGCUUCCAGAGCAGUUAUGAGAAUUAAUAUAUAAAUAAAACAUGCUAGAAUUUAAUCCUCCUGCUACAUCUACCAGUGCCAGUUCCAUGCUUUCCAUGUUAAAUCUUAACAUGGAAGCAGUUUCCAGGCAGAACUUUUUGUUAGGUGCCAGUCCUCCACUGGCAGCCUUGCAUUCUAUGGCCGAAAUCAAAGCCCUUGGACCUUACGGAGGAACUUCAGUUCAACCAUCUCCUGUCAAAUCUUCAAUAGUUAUUCCAGCAUCUUCAGCAACUCCCCAUGGAAUCAAUGACAUUCUGAGUCGACCUACAAUGACCUCUCCUCCUACUCUGGGUGCAGCUCUGCCUAGGUUUAGUCUGAGCGUAGGGUCAGGAAUGUAUUUUUCUCCAACUAAUCCCACUUUGCAUAAACUGGGACUUGGAGAUAUUUCAGGGAGAUCGUCUCAUGUGUAUUGGCCUGCUAUCAAUCCAUUAUGGAGAGAUCGCUUAACGUCUCCUCAAGUAUCCGCCCAAAGUUGUACAGACAAAGACGGAAAGAAGAAACAUACCAGACCUACUUUUUCUGGACACCAAAUCUAUGUUCUCGAGAAAACUUUUGAGCAGACAAAAUAUCUUGCUGGUCCUGAGAGAGCGAAGCUGGCUUAUGCUCUAGGAAUGUCAGAAAGCCAAGUGAAGGUAUGGUUCCAGAAUCGGAGAACUAAAUGGAGAAAGAAGCAUGCAGCAGAAAUGGCCACUGCUAAACGGAAACAUGAUUCAGAAGCAGAACAAUUUCGACAUGAUGAUCGAGAAGAUUUCGAUUCCAAGCGACUAAAGAUGAAUGUUCUCAGAGCAAAUUGCAGACACAAUGACUCUUCGGAAGGGAUUCUUUGACCUCAGUGCGAGACAACUGAUUCGGAUGUAAAACCAACGAAUAAACACUGAAUUCGAUUGCUAUUAAUGACAACCCAAGUAAUGAACCUUUCAAAAAUCUUCAGGUCAUUAAAUGUCUUCCAAAUCAUUGAAAAAAAUAGAUGAUCUUAAAAUAUUUACCUGAUGGCUAAUGAAAAAAGUUUGACCAGCAAGAAUAUGCCAUAUUUUGCUUUAGCCAGAUAUUGUCAAGAUGCAUUUCAGUAUCGAUAAGUGGUGAACUCAGUAGAAUUUUGAUUUUACAUUGUUAGAAUUUCCAUUGCGAAAACUUUAUAAAAAGGUUUGAAACUAAUUUGUUAUGUGCUUAUGAUAACAUUGUUCCUAUUUACAAUAGCCGAAGAAUAUUUCAACAAUUUACCAAAUAUUUUCUUUACUUAUGAUAGAA